AUGUUCAGACCGACACAAUGCAUGCAGGGUCGCCUCCGGUUGACCACGAAGCAGAUCGGUCCUGGUUACUACAAGGGUAACAGGACUGGUUCGAUGGGACAUUUCGGCCGCAAGAAGGGAAUAUACAUCAUCGACUGGGAGAAGGUCCGCACCUACGUGGUGCCAGAGGGGCUUGCAGAAUUCAAGCUCACCCCUUUCGUGACGAAACGCAUGGAACCGACGAGGACGCUAUACACCAAAACCAUUGAUCACGGAGAUAAAGAAGCCACAUACCCUCGAGGAUACACCGGCAAGGAUUUCUUGAAGGAGUGGACUGAAGAGAACGACGCCGAGGUUGACGAGCUGAGACUGCGUCAGGAGGAAAUCAAUGCAGAAGAACCAACCGAGACGCAAACCACCAAGAGCGAGAAGGAAUAUACUCGUGGCCAACCCUCUGCAGAGGCUCGCUGGCCGCGCGACCAGGCUGUUGUUUGGACAGCUCACUGCCUAACUAGUCUCCCCACACACGAUGCUAUCUCGCUGACCGAGCUGUACGGAGUAAACAGUCGCAACUCAACUCCUUACCUUGACGCCUCCAAAGCCAUGUUUCCAGCGUUUACAGGCAGUACUCGUCGGCCUCGACAGGUCAACCUCUCGACCCGCUCCACGAACCUCUUUUCCGGCGCUUCUCCAAAACGUCAACACCCCUCUGGACAUGGCUCGCAGGCAACACUUGCCAUUGCACAGCACGAGAGAGCCCAACGGCAGCUGGAAAGGGAUCGCCUAAACUCGAGCCAGACGAUCCAGAGGACCUGGCGAGGAUAUAGGAGCCGAAAGAUAACCUGGAGUAUUUGGCGGGAAGAGUGGGAUGAGCACGAGAGAGCUAGAGGGAUAGGGUAUCGACCGGCCGCUGAGAUACAAGGCACUGCGUACUCUAGUAGCUUAGAGUGCGCAAAGCAGCUACGGCUUCUCUUGCAGUUUAUCCAGACGACGAGUCAGGAAGAUGCUGCCAGGCUGGGAUACUUUUCUAAAUGCCUUCAGCGGACGGUGGAGACCACAUCGCUGUCGACAGAGGGAGAAUGGACGGCCAUACUUUCCCGUCUCAUGAUGGUAGCGCUGGAUAUUCUGAAAGCUACCAGCCGGUCCAACUCGAUAUCCUACUCAAUAGACGACCUGCUGCAGCUACUGGUCUUUCUCACAAGGCUGAUACCGAAGCAGAUGGCGCGGCAAGCUCGUAAAUACUAUGAUGUCAUGGCAAAGCUGACCCUGGAUUCAAGCACGACGAACUUCACCCGAGACCGUCUCGUGGAAGCUAUUCUCGCCCUCUUACAACCUAUCACUUCGGAAACGCUAGUUGUAUACGAGUGGUUUGCCCGGACAUACCUUACAAUCCCUUUUCUUCAGGACCACCUAGGGACCAUUAAUGAUCUCGCCGCACAAGUGAACUAUAAGCUAUUAGCAUCCGUUAUAAGUACCAAUAUCCUACCCUCACAGUCCUUUACCCAUGCAGAGCAGGUUGAGCCUCGAAUCUGGCUUCUAGCAUAUUUCAUUUAUUUCCACAGGCAUGCGCUAGGGGGCCAGGCCAUAAACCAGACGCCAGAGGUACUUUUUGUGAAGGUCGUCUCUUUGCUCUUGAGCUCUGCCGCAACAUACAUCUCCCAACGGCUUGAUCUAGACGAUUUCCGAGACAGUCAACCUUCUCAGGAACUGAAACCGUUACCGCCAUUUGUAAGAAGCGAGAUAUUGACAUUGAUCAACCAAAAUAGCAUUACGCAUUUAUUGUCGCUAGCUGGGAAAGGAGAGGUGGUAGGGAAUGAUAUACAGCAGACAGGGGAAGACGACGCAAAGAGUCUUGCCACUUAUGCCCUCACCCUACUAAGGAUAUUCCCCAAGCGAGGAGAUGAAAUACGCAUGUGGCUCUACCUCGGUUCUGCUUCGAUAUACGAGGACACAACUUCGACUGCUUCCAAGCUACCUGCAAUAAAGUAUUUUUGGUAUGCAGCGAGGACAACUGAGGUGUAUCUCAAUGUUUCGAAGAACCCUCAUGGUGUCCUAGCUAUGCUUCUCCCCCCUGGCAAUGACGAGAAUGAGCAGGUUCAACAACGAUGGAACGACCAGGAACAGCAGUGGACUGUUAUACUCAUAUUUCUUGAGCUUUACACGUUCCUUCUCAAAGUUCUGGAUGACGACGAGUUCUUUUCAGGAGCCAGCACUAACAAAUAUACAUCCUGGACGAAAGAAAGCGCACUCGCCCUAGAGGAUAUCAAAGAGUUGACGAUAUUUUUGACAAAUCUUGCUUUCACACUUUACUGGAAUUCGUCUGAGUUGACGGCUGCAGAGACUGAUAAAACGUUCGAGAUGCGUGAUUACUUCAGUGUAUCUGGCCCGCGUGAAAUCAUUCCACCAGCUCCACGCAAGCCUCAAAGUAAGGAUUUGGGCGGAGCAACCGGAAUCCCUCUGCAUUAUUUUAAGGGGCUCGUUACUGGAUUAUUGCGGAUGAUACAUGAGCGAGACUCACGGCGCAGAUUUUUACCCGAUGGUCACUGGCUCAUGACUAACCGGUUUGACAUGACAGGGUUCAUUCCUGCAGUGGUGGCAGAGGAAGAAAACAGACAUCAGCUACAAGAUGAUGAUGAUGAGAGUGAACCAGAGGAUGAGGCUAUUGAGGAUGCCCUUCAAUCAUCAUUAGGGCUGGUGGGAACCGGCAGAGAGCAAAACCUCCGCCGGAUGGAAAUAUUAAGGAGGCGACAACUGCAAGCGUCCAGGCGAAAGGAAUUAGAAGCCGUGGCACCCCGGUUGGAGAUCCUCCGAAACAUGCCCUUCUCUAUCCCAUUCACGACGAGAGUCCAAAUAUUCCGGGAGUUCAUAUAUCGAGAUCAGAUACGAAGGAGGAAUGGGUAUGUGGACCCCGAUUCGUGGAGGCUAUCCAUCGCCCAGGGUGCUACUAGUCUUAACGAUGACGGUUUCGGGGCACGAGAUCUCCUAAGUAAACACCACGCGAAUAUUCGACGAGAGAGCGUAUUUCGGGAUGCGUUUGAGUCUUUCUACUCGCUCGGGGAAGCGUUCAAGGAACCGAUUCAAAUUACAUUUAUCGACAAGUUCGAUACCAUAGAAGCCGGAAUCGAUGGCGGUGGUGUCGCCAAGGAGUUCCUGACAAGCGUCAUAAGUGAUGCCUUUAACCCAACUGAAUUCCGAAGCAUGUUUGUUGAGAAUGAUGAGCAUUUACUCUAUCCAAAUCCUUCGUCGAUUGAGCAGCUGAAGUCUCACCUUCGUGCAAUUGGGGUUGCUGAACGGAGUACACACUGGAAUGAACAUAUACGAGACGUGUUGCAAGAAUAUGAGUUCUUGGGACGCAUUAUUGGCAAAUGUCUUUAUGAAGGCAUCCUCGUGGAUGUCAGUUUUGCUGGGUUCUUUUUGCUAAAAUGGGCUCUUACUGGGGGUGCGGGCUCAGCUUCAAGGGAGUCUUCUUAUCGGGCAAAUCUAAACGAUGUCCAGGAUUUGGAUAAAGGCUUGUAUCAAGGCUUGCUGCAACUCAAGAAUUACCCUGGAAACGUGGAGGAUUUUGCUCUGAAUUUUACAGUGACCGACACAGUCCGCGUGCUAGACUAUGAAGGCGGCUAUAAAACGGAAACAAUAACCCGUGAAUUGAAGCCUGGUGGCUCUAAUAUCCCCGUCACGAAUCAAAACAGGCUGGUGUACAUCUCAUACAUUGCCCGUCAUCGCCUUCAACUACAGCCCUACCUUCAAACAAACGCCUUUCUCCAGGGCCUAGGCCAAAUCAUCCAGCCAUCAUGGCUAUCCAUGUUCAACCAAGGCGAGCUGCAACGUCUUGUCGGAGGGGACGCCAUUGAGAUCGACGUCGACGACCUCCGCCGCAACACAGUGUACAGCGGUGUUUAUGUAUUGGGAGAUGACCAACAGGACCAUCCGACCAUAAAGAUAUUCUGGGAAGUACUGAAGGCCAUGCCCAAUGAAGACAGGCAAAAGGUCCUGAAGUUCGUUACCUCGACGCCACGCGCUCCGCUGCUGGGAUUCAGUCACUUGAAUCCUAGAUUUAGCAUUCGAGACUCUAGCUCUGACGAGGAGCGACUGCCUAGCGCCAGCACCUGUGCUAAUCUCCUGAAACUUCCCCGGUAUUCAAAUGCACAUACGCUCCGGGAGAAGCUGAUGUAUGCCGUGAACUCGGGAGCUGGGUUUGACCUCAGCUGA